ACCACCAUGUCUUCCGUGUUAUCUUACCAUCUUUCCCACAAAUCGAGAGUAUUCCCCGAAAACUGCGUCUGAAAUGACCCACAGUUGUUGCUCAGUCCAAGCAUGAGAUGACUCCGCAUAGGUCCCCGAGCCAAACGCCGUAACUUAGUACCGGAUGAGCGUUGUGACUAGCAGAUGAGGCUGUCCAACUUUGCUGGGUUCAACAAUAGGUGAGCCAUAAUCGCAUCGCGAGGGUGUAGUCCAGAGCCUAUUGCUGCUGCGAUCUUGUUCGCAGAGUGCGUUACUGCGCAUGUGUGGUUCUGGAGAUGCGCGAAUGCCGGACGGAGUACUGCGCGUCGGACUCAUCUUCCAGCGGCUCCGAGUUCUCUGCUGCUGCUGCUGCUGGAGGUAGCAGUCAGGGUCCCGGAUAUUGCGUGUCUGAUAUGAAUCGAUUGACCGGAUAGGCUUAUGCUCUGUUCAAAAGCCGGAACGGUCUGCUAGUCCAACACCCCAUCGCCACCAUGUCUUUCUCGUUCACGUCCCUUCUCGAGCUGCAGUUCAAUGCACCUCUUCCCUGUCCCCAGCUCAACAUAAUCAAGGCGCUCAAAGCUGCGUACGCUAAAUCUCAGCACCUCUCGGUACUUAGCUGCUGGGAAGGACAGUUCCCGCUGUCUGCGUACCUCGAUACCCUUAACAUCACCCCAUCCGUUGUCGAGGCAGAGACGCAUCGCACGGCAAAUUACGACAAUGACACGAGGAAACUCUACAGCCAUGUCUUUGCCGGCGUCACCGACUUCACGUACGACUCAACCGAUUUCCGCGUCUUCAAAGCUGUGUGGACGGAUUCGCGGAUGCACCAUAACCUGUACCACCUCACUUUUCCGGGGGUAGACGACAGCAUUGGCAAGAAGCUCGUGAAGGCUGUGUAUGACUGGGCGAAUGACCUCAAGGACGAGAUUUGGGUCUUUGAGGGUGGCCAGUGGGAGAAGAGCAAGAAGCUCUACAAGGCCGUACAGUCCGCGAACUGGGACGACGUCAUCCUUGACGACAAAUUCAAAGAUGGCCUCCGUCGCGACACGAAGACGUUCUUCGCGAGCAAGGAGGCGUAUGCGUCGCUUGGUAUCACCUGGAAACGCGGCCUCCUUCUGCUUGGCCCGCCAGGAAACGGCAAGACCGAGUCAAUCAAGGCGCUGCUCCAUGAAACAAAAGGCGUCUCGCCCUUGUAUGUCAAGUCCUUUAGCACGCGCCUUGGUCCUGAACAAGGCAUCCGCAUUAUCUUCGACCACGCGCGAUCGCAUGCGCCCUGUAUCCUCAUUCUCGAGGAUCUUGACUCUAUGCUGGUCGCAGAAGCUCGCUCGUUCUUCUUGAACGAGAUAGACGGUCUAGCUGACAACGAGGGCAUCCUCACAAUCGCCACCACAAAUCACCCCGAGCGCAUCGACGACGCCAUCUUGAACCGGCCGUCACGCUUCGAUGUCAAGUACAACUUCUCCCUCCCGGAGCCGCAUCUCCGCAAGGCGUUCGCCAUCAAGUGGCUUGCAAAGGUCAACGCGAUGUCAGAGCACACCGGCGUGACCUUCGAGAAGCCAGACGAGACUGCGGACGCCAUCGCCGCGAAGACCGAAGGGUGGUCGUACGCAUUCCUGAAGGAGCUGUUCGUGUCAUUCCUCCUUCGCAUGGCGCAUGACAGCUCGCUCCGCCAGACAGGCGCCGAAGUUCCCGAGGAAGAGUCCAUCGAGGCCCUGCUCAUGAAGCAAGUCGACCAGCUCGCGAAACAGAUCAUCAAGACGAAGGAGGAUGCUGCUGCCUCGCCACCGAAUGCUGCUGCUGCCUCAGUUGGUCCGAGAUUCAUAAGGUCCGUCCAGAUGGGGCAGUUGGGAGGUGCGCCAGUGGUGCCUGCCGGCGGCGGGGUUGCUUUUUGAUUGUUGAGGAGUGUCUUCUUCGGGUUCGAUGUAUUGUAAUACACAUAUCACAGCUCCUCGAAGGGGUUUUUUUUGGCCUUAGCGAGCCUUAGUCUGGUGGUAGUUGUAGCGGCAUUCUGGAUUUCUGCGGUCCGUGGUGCUUGUGGGCGCUUAUUUACAGGUGUUCGACUACGUCUGUGCUUCGUUGAUUCUCUCAUAUCUAUCUGAAAC